AUGUCGGCCGUCUAUCGCAAGUCACUGGUGUUGAGUAACGGUGCCAAACGUCAGACCAGUUAUGGCGACAUAACUAACCUAAUGGCUGUCGACUGUCAACGAGUUAAUGAUAAUGCCCAAUGGUUGGCAUACAUAGUGGUAUUACCCCUACAGAUAAUACUGACCACUGGCUUAUUGUUUACUGAGUUUAGUUAUACAGCAUUUUCCUGUUUAGCGUUAUACGCGUGGGAACAACCGUUUAUGAAUAUUAUAACCAAAUUACGUGAUCAGGAGUUACGUAAAGCCAAACAUUUGUAUUAUGUUUUUGCCUUAUUGUAUAUAAUAUCAAACAUGUGUCCAUUGAUAUGCCAUUUGCUAAUAUUUAGUCUAUAUUUGGGACUGAAAUUUGCUGAACAAUUAACGGCUGAAAAGAUAUUUUUCUCGAUAUCAUUGAUGUCAGUGUUUAAGGAAAUCCUAUCAAAAUUAGGUUAUGUUUACAGUACUGCUGACUAUACAUUAAAUCAAAUUGAUUUGCAUAUCCGUGAGGGUAUGUUUGUGGCCAUAGUAGGCGAUGUCGGUUCAGGUAAAAGUUCACUGUUGUCGGCAAUUAUCGGCGAUAUGGAACUGAUUGAUGGGACAGUCAAUGUUAGACCGGGUGUUAAUAUGGCAUACGUUCCACAACAGGCAUGGAUACAGAAUGCAACCAUCAAACAGAAUAUUAUGUUUGGAAAGCCAUUCGAUGAGGAACUGUAUGACCGGGUGAUAGAUAGCUGUGCUCUCAGACCUGACUUAAGACAACUGGCCGGCGGAGACCAGACAGAGAUCGGCGAAAAAGGUGUGAAUCUGAGUGGCGGUCAAAAACAGAGACUUAGUUUAGGCCGAGCCGUCUAUUCCGGUGCCGAUCUAUACCUACUCGACGAUCCACUUUCUGCAGUGGACAGUCAUGUGGGCAAACAAUUGAUGAAUGAAGUAUUGGAUACAAAAACGGGAUGUUUGGGUUCAAAAACCCGAUUGUUGGUCACAAAUCAAUUGUUUAUGUUAGCCGAUUGCGAUCUAAUAGUUGUCCUGAAAUCGGGUAAAAUAGUAUCGACCGGUACUUAUGGGGAGCUAUUACACGAUAGUAAUUAUUUUCAACAAUUAAUUAAACAGUAUUUCAGUGAACGAGUCGAUGAUGAUUACAAUAAUGACCAUAAAUGGACAUUGGUUGCCAUCAAUAAUAAUAAUAAUAAUGGCGAUGAUGAUGGUAGUGAUAUUGGGGACAGUAGGGGUCCAGUGUUUUAUAUGAUAAUAUUUGCCGCAAUGAUUGUCGGACAGUUAUUGUUGCAAACAGUUUACAGAUAUAUCUAUGCCCUGACCAUUAUAAGCACCUGUAUACGAUUGCAUCGUAAACUAUUGGCACGCGUUAUGCACGCGCCCAUGGAGUUUUUCGAUACGACACCCGUAGGUCGACUAUUGAAUCGUUUCAACAAGGACAUGUAUCUGAUUGAUUUGGGUUUGCCAGUUGUAUUUAGUUUAGAGUCUAUCAGUCGAUCGCCAAUUAAUUCACAUUUAGAGGAAACACUUAACGGCUUAUCCAGUAUUAGGGCCUAUGAUUGUAGGGAUAGGUUUAUACGGGAAUCGGACAAAAGGAUCGACAACAAUACUAAGUGUCUCUAUCCGUAUAUUAUGGCCAACAGUUGGCUAUUGGUUAGACUACAAGUGCUUACCAAUAUACUUGUACUGUUUGCUGCCGUGUUUGGUGUCAUACGUAAAGAUAGUCUAAACGGUUCGGACAUUGGACUCAGUCUCUCAAAUGCUAUUACUCUGACCGGUAUUUUAGAGUAUUUUAUCAAUUCAUUGGCUCAAACCCAAGCAAAUCUGGUAUCGUUUGAACGGAUAGACGAAUAUUGCCGUCUGAAUACAGAAGCCGACUGGCAAUUAUCGAUCGGUCAACAAUUAUCGGAUAAAUGGCCAGAAAAUGGAUGCAUCAGAUUUGAUGGAUACGGUACCCGAUAUCGACAGGGUUUGGAUUUAGUUAUCAAAGGCAUCGAUAUUUCUAUAAAAUCUGGAGAAAUGAUAGGUAUUGUUGGCCGAACCGGUGCGGGAAAGUCAUCGCUAACAUUGGCGUUGUUUCGACUUAUUGAGCCAGCAAUGGGUCGUAUAGUUAUCGACGGUAUAGAUAUCAGUCAAUUAGGUCUACACGAGUUGAGGUCGCGGUUGACUAUUAUACCACAAGAACCGGUACUGUUUUCGGGAACUAUUCGCUCAAAUUUGGAUCCGUUCGACAAGUUUUCCGACGACGAACUCUGGUCAGUGUUAGAACAGUCGCAUCUCAAAGAGUUUGUACUGUCGACUGAUGCCGGUCUCGACCAUCCGGUGACCGAAUCGGGUGAUAACAUGAGUGUCGGUCAGCGACAACUUGUAUGUCUGGCUCGGGCUCUACUCAGACACACGUCUAUCCUUAUCCUCGAUGAGGCCACGGCUGCCGUAGAUGUGGAAACCGAUGCACUCAUUCAGCAAACUAUUAGACAAGAGUUUAAGUCAUGUACUGUCCUAACGAUUGCCCACCGAAUCAAUACAAUCCUUGAUUACGAUCGGGUGUUAGUCCUAAGUGACGGACGGGUAGCCGAGUUUGACUCACCCGACAAACUGCUUGACGACAGGACAACCAUUUUCUAUUCACUAGCCAAAGAUGCCGGUGUUAUAUAA